AACCCGCGCACGCGCGGAAGCCGUGCUCCCGCCAAAUCUCGCGAGAUCGCUGCCGGGGCCGGUGAUGGCGGCGGCUGAGGAGCUGGAGGUGGAUAUCGAAGGGGACCCGGCGGCCGUGCCCGGGUCCGCGGGGCCGGGAGAUCAUGGAAACACGGCCUCAAGCUUGCUGCAGGAUCACUACCUUGAUUCAUCCUGGAGAACUGACAACAGUCUUCCAUGGACGCUGGACAGCAGCAUUAGUGAAGAAAACAGGGCUGUCAUUGAGAAAAUGCUGCUGGAAGAGGAAUAUUAUUUAUCUAAUAAAUCUCUUUCUGAAAAAAUAUGGCUCAAUCAAAAGGAAGUGGAGAAAAGAUCUGUGAAAAGCCCACAUAAGAAAACUGGAAAAGUCAUAGUCCGAUCACCUACCAAACCAGCUAACUACUCAUUAAAGUGGACGCCAGAAGAGAAAGAACUAUUUGAACAAGGACUGGUGAAAUUUGGCCGCCGGUGGACGAAAAUUGCCAAGCUGAUUGGCAGUCGUACUGUGCUGCAGGUGAAGAGCUACGCUCGGCAGUAUUUUAAGAACAAGGCAAAAAAUGGUGAUUCUGAAAAAGAAGCACAAAGUCAAUGUGGGAGCAGCCUUCCCAUUGAAGACGGGAUAAAGGCAGAAGCAUGGUCAGCUGGAAGCUUGAGAGGCCGUGCAGACCCCAAUCUGAAUGCAGUGAAAAUUGAGCAGCUGUCAGAUGAUGAAGAAGUGGACAUAACUGAUGACAUGGAUGAGCUGCUUUCCCCUAGUUCCCAGCAGGAAACCAGAAACCCUGAAUUAGCUGUUAUUUCCAAAAGUGCUGUUGAAGAAACAAAGGGAGUGGAACAUGGCUCUUCAACUGUUGGACAUAGUUCUACAGGUUCUUUACAUAAAGAAGAUCCUCGCCAUACCAAGCAAGAUACAGUGGAUGCAUUGGUAUUCCCGAGUGUUGUGGCAACCUGUUCUCAGCACCUGAAUGGUGAUAAACCUAUGAACUUACAUUACCAUCAGUACAGUAAGUUUCUGGACAAAAGUGACCAAGGCAGACUAGCAACAUCUUGUGGUAUUAAACAAGAAGCUGAUCAGGAGCUCCAUGAGAGACAGAGAGACCUGGCUGAUAAUGGAUUGCUCUUUCCUUCUCCCUGCCAAGGGGAUGAAGAUCAUCAAGAAGAAGCAGAGGAGCUUAAGCCACCUGAACAAGAAGUGGAGGUUGACAGGAGCAUCAUUCUGGAUGAAGAAAAGCAGGCUAUUCCUGAGUUCUUUGAGGGGCGCCAGGCCAAAACACCAGAGCGGUACCUGAAAAUUAGGAAUUACAUUUUGGAUCAAUGGGAGAGGUGUAAACCCAAGUACCUGAACAAGACAUCAGUGCGGCCGGGCCUGAAGAACUGUGGCGACGUGAACUGCAUUGGGCGCAUCCACACGUACCUGGAAUUAAUCGGAGCAAUUAACUUUGGCUGUGAGCAGGCUGUCUACAACCGCCCCCAGCCAGCGGACAGGACCCGGGCCAAGGAAGGCAAAGACACUGUGGAAGCGUAUCAGCUCGCCCAGCGCUUGCAGUCCAUGCGUACAAGACGACGGCGAGUGCGGGACCCUUGGGGAAACUGGUGUGAUGCAAAGGAUUUGGAAGGACAGACAUUUGAGCAUCUCUCUGCUGAGGAAUUAGCAAGAAGAAGGGAGGAGGAGAAACUGAAACCUGCAAAAUCUUCUAAAGGUUCAAGACAAACAAAAAGUUCCUUUGAUCCCUUUCAGCUGAUUCCGUGCUGCCUGUUCACUGCAGAGAAGCAGGAACCCUUUCAGGUGAAAGUAUCUUCUGAAGCACUUCUAAUAAUGGAUUUGCACUCUCACGUGUCUAUGGCAGAAGUAAUAGGGCUGCUGGGUGGAAGAUACUCGGAAGCGGAUAAAAUUGUGGAAGUUUGUGCAGCGGAGCCCUGCAGUAGUCUCAGUACAGGGCUGCAGUGCGAGAUGGACCCAGUGUCUCAAACACAAGCCUCGGAAACACUGGCUGCCAGAGGAUACAGUGUCAUUGGGUGGUACCAUUCCCACCCCGCCUUUGACCCCAACCCCUCCAUCCGAGACAUUGACACUCAAGCCAAAUACCAGAGUUACUUCUCCAGGGGUGGUGCCAUGUUCAUUGGGAUGAUUAUAAGUCCUUACAACCGAAAUAAUCCUCUCCCAUACUCUCAGAUGACUUGUCUAGUGAUCAGUGAUGAGCUCAGUUCUGACGGUUCCUACCGCCUGCCCUACAAGUUUGAAGUCCAGCAGAUGCUGGAGGAACCACAGUGGGAAUUAAUAUUUGCAAAAACCAGGUGGAUAAUUGAAAAAUACAGAUUCUGCCAUAGCAGUGUUCCCAUGGAUAAAAUUUUCCACAGAGAUUCCGACCUGACUUGUUUGCAGAAACUUUUGGAGUGCAUGAGGAAGACUUUGCGCAAGGUCACAAACUGCCUUAUUGCUGAAGAGUUCUUGACUCAGAUAGAGAACUUGUUCCUUUCCACAUACAAGAGCGAGAAAAAGAGAGAUGCCGAAGAAAACGGGAAUCAGAGUUCGAAUGAACUGCCUGGGUGAUGGCUUUAACCAAACCAGCUGAUGGAAUAUUGAUUUUAUAGCUUUCUUUUCUUCCCUUUCUCCCACUAUGUUAACACCUUCAGAAUUCCCAUCCAUUUUAGCUGUAACUGUUACAGAAUCCAGUGUCAUCCUGCUGUUAAGGUACAAAGAUACUUUGAAAGCCUCCUAACGCGUGUGACCUGGCUAGGGAGGAACGCUUCAUACUAAUACUGUGGCACACAGUGCCACAGGAUGGAACUGAUUGACAGUGUGAUGUCUGGGAUGAAGGACAUCCUGCCAGGAAUAGUGGGCUUCAGGCUUCAAGGAGAGUUUAUCCUCUCUCAAGUCAGUUUGGGAAUUUUAUCUACAGGGAGGUGUUCUGCUGUUCUGCCACAUCAGUGUGAUUUGUCUGCUUCUAAUGGCUGCUGUUUCCUGUGGAAACCAGAGCUCUCGAUUGACAGCAAACUGAGUGCAACAAGCAGAAAAGUAGUUGUCUUUUUAAAGAGAAAAGCCCAACAAUUUUUAUAUUCAGAGUCUUCUCUCUAAUGUGCAGCUCAGAAGAAAAACACGCUGGUUUGUAUCAGUUCUGUGGUUAUAAUUUCAUGCAAGUCCACAGCCAGAUGAGUUAGGCAGGCUGAGGAAGUUGGGGCUGUUCAGCCUGGAGAAGAGAAGGCUGCGUGGAGACCUCAGAGCAGCCUUCCAGUAUCUGCAGGGAGCCUAUAGGGAUGCUGGGGAGGGACUCUACAUUAGGGACUGUAGUGACAGGACAAAGGGUAACGGGUUAAAACUUAAACAGGGUAAGUUUAGAUUGGAUAUAAGGAGGAAG